AGAUCGUAGCGAACGCACUCUCUUACGCAUCCAAGCUAUCAACAUGUCUGGCCGUGGCAAAGGAGGAAAAGUUAAGGGAAAGGCAAAGUCCCGCUCGAACCGUGCCGGUCUGCAGUUCCCAGUUGGCCGUAUCCAUCGUCUGCUACGCAAAGGCAACUAUGCCGAGCGCGUCGGUGCUGGUGCACCAGUGUAUUUGGCUGCCGUAAUGGAAUAUUUGGCCGCUGAAGUGCUCGAGUUGGCAGGAAACGCUGUAUAUGCUACAGCUGCCCGAGACAACAAGAAAACGCGCAUCAUCCCGCGUCAUCUGCAGCUGGCCAUCCGCAACGAUGAGGAAUUGAACAAGCUGCUGUCCGGCGUCACCAUUGCUCAGGGUGGUGUGUUGCCGAACAUCCAAGCCGUGCUGCUGCCGAAGAAGACCGAGAAGAAGGCCUAAGCCUAUCGCGAAACCAGCUUUAUUCCAUCUUCCGCCAAAAACCGUCCUUUUCAGGGCGACAAAUCAUUUCGCUAAAGAUUUCAUUUGACCAUUUCUGCUGAGCCCACUGCCAACGCAUUCUCAUUCCGCAGGUAAAUCCAAUAAAGUGAGAAAUGCAGGAAAAUCCUUAACGCGCACUCCAAAGUCAAAGGAGUUCAAAGACUCUAGCAGCGGCAAAUCGUAGUGAAAAAUGUUCAUAUUUUAAACCUGUGCCGUAUGUGAACUCCCACAUUAUUGUAAGGAGCAAUGGAUGAAACUUUAAAAAUAGAGUCGUCUACCUGGUUUUUUACCUGAG